GUAAAAGAAGAAAAUGUUUGAUAAGUCUGUGGAAAGAUGUGAUUUUUUCCUUACAACUUUCAAACCAUUCUUCGAUGAAGGAAAAACCUCCUAACAAUCGGACAAUGAAACUGCUUUGAUUCAAGUAAGUUCAGUAACAACAAUUUGGUCUAAAUUAAGUAUUCGAGAAUAGAAUUAAGAUGAAUUUAUGGAGCCUACAAUUUAAAGUUUAUACGUAAUCACCAUAUGGUGAAAUCACUCGGGAGUUUCUUCUCAGUUGGUUUGGAAAAUAGCUGGAAUUAUAGAUUUGAUUAUAAAAAGACAAAUUGACCAUUUGCAAAGCAGACUGAACUUACGCAUCAUAAUAAAAAAGGCAAAAGAAAUCAUCAGGGGUAACAUUUGUCAGCAUUUAUUAGCUUAUAUUUGCGCCCAUAAAUUACUCGAAAUAACAGAUGGUCUUAGUUCAGUGCUGGCACCGAGCAAACUUGCAAGGCGGUAAAAAUAAACUCAGAUAAUGGAAUAAUAGAAUGAUCUCAGUAAUAAUCAUAUUAGUCAUAUUAAUAGACUUUCAAAGACUACGGAGAAUUCCCAGCAACCAAAACUUUCGGAUCAAUGUUACAAUAUAACAUUUUUCUACAUUCUCAAUCUGGUACAUCCUAUAAAAUUUACCGUCUAGUUCCAUCGUGAAUAAGUCCUUAGUCAAGAAAGCCCGAUAGUUUCAAAAAAAGAGAGAAAAUCUUGACCAGGAAAUGUCUUUGAAAAAGAGCAAAAGAAAAAAAACAGUUCACUUACCUGUUAAUGCCUCUCCUCCGUAAUAAAGGUGCAAAAUUAGAAUUGAUAUUAUGGGCACAACAUGGUGACUGGCUUUCCCCAUUCAUUGUCGGCCGGACUUUUACAUUUUUGUUCAUCCGCCGGAUUAGGAGUGCCAUUCGUCAGUUGGGGGAUACACCCCUACCAUUCUGAGCUUGUAACAUUCUACAGAAUUAUUUGUUUUGAAAACACUGAAAACAAGGCAUCAAAAAUACAAACUACGAUGUAAGUUGCGUAAGGGUCAAUUAUGCUCUACAUGAUAUUGAACCGUGAACAUGAUCUUGGGGUAAAAUUGAAGCAUAAAAAAAUUUCUGUUUUUUUUUCCAAAGUAUUCCGCUUGGUUUCGGAUCCGAUGCACCCACUAAAUAUGAAUUUUCUAAAAUGAUAUUUUCCUAAGGAAGGAAACAGUGGUCAGUGACUUCAAAACCAUAACCUUGGAGUGAUCUUCUAAGCGACAGAGGACGCCAUAUCAUAUCUAGCAGGAGUCCUCAGAAAUUCAAAGAUAUAAAGAUCCCUAAGGUCUUCAUGGACUAUCAAAAUACACCAACAUUACCUGAUUGAAUAAUGCCCCUUAUGUAAGCAUGCUCAGGCUCAUAUUUUUGAUGGCAAGUGUAAAAAGUUAGUAAGAACAUUUCGCAUUGAUAUAGAUGCCCUCAAUACAAGCAUUUCUUUUUAUAUCCGCAAGACACUUCAGGCCACUUGUUCCAAUAUAGAGGAGAUGCUUAAGUUAUUUAGGAAAAUAAUAUCUUUUCUUGGUCAAUAAUAAUGUUCGUCAGUAAGGUUAGAAUGAAAGAUUAUAUGCUCUGUUUCAGAAAAUAACCUGCAAUUAUUAUUCACCUGGCGCAAACAGAUCAAGUCCCACCAUGCAGUUCGAAAAAGCAUGGAAGUACUCGCUAUUUAUGAAAAACCCGAAAGAACGUGCGGGGAUCUUUUCGCGUCUGUUUUUUUCGUGGAUGAACAGUUUAAUGAACAUCGGUAACAAGAGAAUAUUGGAACACAGCGACUUGUAUCCUCUUCUUGAUGAAAACAAAUCCAAAGGUUUGACAGAUAAACUGGAACACACAUGGCACGAAGAAGUGAGAAAUUCUCACACUAAGGGGAAAAAAGCAAGGCUUGGUCGCGCCAUGAUAAAAGUAUUACCUUGGAGUGAUUACGCCCUGGCGGGGAUUUCUUUGUUUAUUGGCGUCGCCUGUAACAUUCUUCAACCGCUGUUUCUCAGUCUUCUGUUAUCUCUACUCCUGAGAACUGGAACUGAGUUACACAACAGCUGGAUGUUUACAUAUGCAAGCGGGCUUUUUUGCAGUUUGUUGUUUCGCGUGGUUGUUAUGAAUCAGUACCUAAGCAAAGUAAGUUUUAUGGGCAUGCGCUGGAGAACAGCCGCGAUUGGUGUCAUUUACAAAAAGGUAAGCGAUAACUGAGCAAACUGAUAACAACAGAUAGCGGUGCAACCUUAAGCCAAUUGCAUGUGUUGCUAUACUAAUUAAAAUCAGUUCGCGUUUCUUUGGCCAGGCUUUGAUCAGGCGAAAUAGAAUUUUCGUGUCAAUCUCUUGUGCCAAAUAUAGCUGUCUGUGUGUCUGUGUUUUUGAGAACUGCAUCUUAGAAAAGGGCUGAGGUACGUCCAGUCUAUUAUUAUUCGAGCAUGCGAAACAUCUUUUUACAGACUAACAGCGGCCUAGCCUGGAUAGAAUAACUUUGUCGAUCUGAAAGAAUGUUACAUUUUAUCAUUUUCUGUGCUCUAAUUAUUCCUGUAAUCUUUAGAUCUACAGGCUACGCCUCAAAGAUCUCACACGUGUGCAGCCGGGUCAGAUAAUAGCCCUGGUUACUCAUGAUGCCCAGCGACUUGAUCAAGUCUUCCAGAAAGUAGGCUACAUUCUUCAGGGGUUCUUAGAGCUAGUGGCUGUAACUGCUUUAAUCUGGCGCCUUAUUGGAUUCCAAGCUAUAUCCGGGAUCAUAUUCCUCAUUGUUCUGUUGGCCUAUUACAUUGGAAUGUGGGACGUUUGCAUGAAGCUGCGCAUGCGCAUAGCAAGAUGGACUGAGCGGAGACUAAGCAUAGUGGAGCAGAUUGUGAGUGGAAUCCGGGCCAUUAAAAUGAAUACUUGGGAGUGGCCUUACAAGAACAGGGUAGAGGAGAUACGAAGGUAAAAAAAAAAUAAAAUAGCAUGCGCUUCUUACUAUACCAUAAAAUUUUACGUUUUGAAGAACAUGCAGUCUCACUCACUCAAAGUAAUCACGGAACCCAUUAGUAAAAAAAUCAGUGAUAUCAACCAAAAUCAACCCCAAGCUUGUUGUUAUUUUUUCCUUUUAUAUUUAUUCGUUAUAGAAAAGAACUUCAGUACGUGCGCCAGAAGAGUGCCAUUUUGUCUACAUUUGCGACCUUUCUUCAUACUAGCUCCAUUGUGGCAUGUUUUAUCUCCCUGACGACCCUAAUCAUCACUGGAGUUGAGCUCAGCACCUACAACAUUUUUAUGGUGCUCGCGUUUAUCAGAACCAUUCGCUUGUCUGCCUCAUCAACUUUUGCUGCCGGUGUAAACUUCAUAGGUGCUGCAGCUGGUUCGCUUGGGAGAAUUCAAUCGUUCCUAGAACUCGAAGAAACGGUUUACUCCGAGGGAAGCUACAGCAGAAAGAGAACACGCUCUAAGAUUCGAUCCUUCUUAGAUCUGACGGAUGCAGAAAUGUCCGAGUACCUUUCCAACGAGGACUUGACUAAGAUCUCCAACGACAUUAAAGUCGGAAAGACUGUUCCUCAAUACGAGCCCGCACUCAUCAAGCAGCAGUCUCUCGAUAUCGCGGAUAAUCCAUCAGGUGAUCUCCACGUAACCUUUGAAAAUGUAUCCUGUUAUUGGGGAAGUGGGAAUAGAUCAAUAGCAUUGAGAAAUGUAACAUUUAGGACCACCGCUAAAGAACUGACCCUUAUUAAUGGUCCAGCGGGAUGUGGGAAGUCCUCUCUCCUUGCGGCCAUUCUUGGGGAACUCCCUCCAACUGAGGGACAGAUCUCAAGCGUCGGAAAGAUCGCAUACGUGCCACAGACUCCAUGGGUGUUUAGCGACACCCUAAGGGAAAACAUUGUAUUUGGAAAGCAAUAUAACCCGUUCAGGUAUCAAGCUAUAGUCAAUGCCUGUAACUUGCAAAAGGACAUCGACAAGCUCUCUGAUGGCGACCUUACAAUUAUAGGAAGCAAUGGAUUUACUUUGUCGCAAGAUCAGCAAGCUCGUAUUGGCAUCGCUAGAGCAGCAUAUUCAGACGCUGACAUCUAUCUUUUGGAUGAUCCUUUAUGUGCAGUAGAACCUAGAGUAGCUGAACAGGUUUUCGCCAAAUGCAUUUGUGGACUACUAUCAAAGCGAGUCCGUAUUCUCGUGAGCCGUCAGUUGCAGUUCGUGGAGAGAGUGGAUCAAAUCCUGACCAUGCGAGCAGGGACCAUAAUAAAUGAAGUGACCUCACAAGUUAUGGGUUACAGAUCUGUUAAGCUUCAUUCGCCAGGAAGAUUAACAGAACCGGAAAGAAAAAUUCCUGUGAAUAAAACCGUGGAGUUUGUGAUAGAGGAAGAAAUCCAAGAAAAAUACCGAACACGGUCAAACCUGUUUGAAGAAGAAGAAAUGAUGGGGCCUGUUUCCUUAACAGUGUACUGGAAAUAUCUUAGAAACGGCGCUUGUCUUCCUUUCCUGGUUGUUUUUGCUAUUUUUACCUUCUGUGUUCAAGGUAAGUACCCUUUACCACUAGAAGAUUAACUCUGAUCAAAGUUUUGUAAACAUGCAUAAGAGUCCGUAAGAAUGGACAGGCCUCGCAAGUUAUAAUAACUAUUUUCAUUCGCAAGGCCCAAGUACAUUGCUAUUGAGGGUAGCGGUUUUGUGUGCGCCAACUUCGAAGUUCCUAGCACUUCUUUUCUCUUCGGAAUAGAAUGGAAGGAAAAUGCGAAAAUAACGCAAGUUAGAUCUAUUUAAGAAUAUUAUAAGCUUUAUUUUACUUUUGUCUAACAGGGGCUAUUCUUGUCCCGGAUAUUUGGUUACUGCGCAUGAGUGAAUUUGCGUCACGUCUGUCCUUGGAUCAAACGAGCUGGUACAUUUAUGCUGCUAUGGUGGGUGGAGUUUUUAUGCUGACAAUUUUACGCGCAUCAUUUUUCUUCGCCACAACUCUUCGCUCCUCUGAACGUCUCCAUCAAAAGAUGAUUGUUUCUGUGCUUCAAGCGCCAAUCGCCUUCUUUGACACACAUCCAACAACAAGUAUUUUGAAUCGCUUCUCUAAAGAUAUCGGUUGUAUGGAUGAGCUUCUUCCGAGUGUGUUCUUAGUCUCGAUUCAGAUAACAUUGUUCGCUAUUUCAGUCUUCUUGCUUCCUGUAAUUCUCAACCCAUGCGUGUUUCUGGUGGGAGGUCCGCUGUUUGUUUUAUUUAUCAUUUUCUGGAGCUACUACCUAAAGACCGCGCGCCAGGUUAGGAAACUGGAGAUUAGUUGCCGCAGACCGGUGGUUGGUCAUUUCUCCGAGACGCUGACUGGACUGGUGACAAUUAGGACGCACAGCAUGCAGAAAGCCUUUACGGAGGGCUUCUAUGGGUUUGUAAAAAUUUUUGUUGUUUCUCUUGCACGGCUCACAGCGCAAGCUAAUCCAGAAGACAGAAAUGUUUUGAACGAAAGAUUUAGAAUUAAAAAUCCUUACCAAGUGAUUUAUUUGAUUUUAACUCAGUUACCAGGACUCUCACAGUCAAGGAUGCUCCACGAACAUUUCUUGCGGGGGCUGGAUCGGGUUCCGCCUCGACAUGGUGUGCGCGGUGUUCGUGAUUGCAGUAACCGCUGGAGCAUUUUACGUCAAGUUAGAUGCAGGUACGUAUCAUUACCGUAGGCUGUGCCUCUAACCUUUAAACUACUUCCAGUUAAAGGCCGAAAGAAACUGGCUCUUUCAAUUUCUUUGGUUUUUCAGCGCUUACAAUUCUAUCGCUGAUCUACGCCCUGCAGCUGUCACUUGACAUGUCACAGAAUGGCAUCAAACGCUGUGCAGAAGUAGAAAACUACAUGAGUGCUGUGGAUCGUAACCUGGCCUGCUCUGAGAUCGAACGGGAGCCUGGGUACGCGAUCGAGAUUCAGCCUCCAAUACCAUGGCCUAAAGAUGGUGGAAUCAGUUUUGAAUGUGUUUCUUUGAGUUACAGCAGAGAAGGAUCAAGAGUUCUGAAAGAUAUCUCCUUCACAGUGCAGCCUGGGGAAAAGUUGGGCAUUGCUGGACGACCGGGUACCGGUAAAUCAUCCAUCGUGAAUGCUCUUUUUCGAAUGCCAGAAUGCGGAGGAAAGGUCACAAUUGACGGUGUUAGGAUAAACAACCUUGAGCUUCAAGCAAGCAGGCGCGGCAUGUCAAUUAUCACUAAGGAACCAAUUCUCUUCAUGGGUUCACUGCGCAUGAACGUCGAUCCGUUUCUAAACCACAGCGAGAGGGAAGUCUGGGAAGUACUAGAGAAGUGCCACUUAAAGUCCUGGGUAGAGAGUCUUCCAAAACAGUUGUACCAGGACCUCGCGGACUGUAGCGCGACAUUGGGUCCCAGCGAAAGACAGUUGAUCUCAUUUGCGCGUGCACUGCUACACAAAAGCAAGAUCGUGAUAAUAGAUGAAGCUACAUCCAGCGUGGAUUAUCGUACUGAUCGUCUUAUCCAGGAAGUGAUCCGUACCUGGUUUAUUGAUUGCACUGUCAUCACUAUCCCACAUCGACUGAGUACGAUUAUCGACUAUGACCGCGUCAUGGUCCUGGAGCGAGGAAAGAUUGUCGAGCUGGACAAACCGGAAGUCUUGCUGAGGAGGAACGAUGGUUAUUUUGCCCACUUAUAUGGAAAUCAAUGUCCGUCAUGA